GGUGCAUAAAAGAGGAAGAGGACGAGAAAGUAGGAGAACCAAUGAGAUCUAGGAUCUUCCAAGUUCCAAGGAUAAUCAAUUAAUACUUUGGGUCAUAAUUUGAGAGAGAACCCCAAACUUCAACCGGAGAGAGAGAUGAUUAACCGUGGUGCUUUGACACAUGUCGCUUUCGGCUUAGUCGCCUUCCUCCUCCUCGCCGUCGUUCACAGCCAGCAGACAUGCAGCAAAACCUGCAUUGCGCAGAAUUGCAACACUAUCGGCAUUCGAUAUGGGAAGUAUUGUGGGAUAGGAUACUAUGGAUGUCCUGGAGAGGCACCUUGUGAUGAUCUUGAUGCUUGUUGCAUGACCCAUGACAACUGUGUUGAUUUAAAAGGUAUCACUUACGUUAAAUGCCAUAAGCAAUUCAAGCGUUGCGUGAACAAGCUAAGCAGAUCAAUAAAACAAUCUAAUGGACAGAAGGUUGGAUUUUCCACCCAAUGCCCUUACUCGACGGUGAUACCAACCGUCUACAAUGGAAUGGAUUAUGGCAUUUUCUUCAGUGGGAUAGGUAAUAUCUUUAAACCUCCGGUGCCAGGAAGCAGCCCCGUCGUGGAAGUGAAUCUUGCUCGGAGUGGAGCGGACACAACGAAUGGCCUUGGAACAAAAGUUGGCAUUCAGACAAAAGAAGGCUCCAAAGUUUCUGCUUCUUUAAACUAGCAUGAGCUCUCUGUCUACUUCUUGUCAAUCUUAUACGUUGACUCAUGACUCUCUUUCAACUUUGUAUAUUCUGUAACUUCGUUGUUAUGCAACAAUCAUAAAAAAAAAAAUGUUGAAGUCAAAACCAAAUUGACAAUUAAUUGACUGGCCUACAGUAUGUACUGUAUGUAUUAUUUUAGUUCAUUUCUUAAGAAAAUUUUAACUCAAAAACGAAACGUAUUUUAUGAAUUUUUUUCUAAUAUUAAUGUUUAAAUUUGUUAAGGGC